CCCCAGUAACUCGGGGGCGGGCUGGUGUCGCGCUGCCGCGGUUACAGGAGGGUGUGGGGGAGGGGCAUUCGGCGCGUCUGCCGUGUCAAAGCGGGAGCAGCGACGGGUCCGCUUCCACGCGCGCGCAGCGCCCUGCGGGGUGACAGCCCCUCCCCCCGACUUCUGCCGUGAUCUAGGUGAUAUCAAAGCAACCGUCCUUAGCGCGGGGCCACGUGCGCACCCAACACACUCCCUGGAGAGGUGCUAGGUGCAGGGCUAAAAGCGGAGCCCUCUGCUUUACUGCUGUUGCCCACUGGUGUUCUACCAGCUUGGGGGUUUCUUCACUGUAUACAGGAACCAAGUCUUCAGAACCUAACCCCCACGUAAGAUGACUUCAGAACCUAACCCCCACAAAUCAUCCUGAGGCAAAGACCAAGCAUUCCAGUCCAAAUGAUUGAAGUCUGGCAAGGUUAUAAAGACUUGAAAACAGUGGACUAAAGUGGAAGGGAUAUGAUCAGAAGUACAGGGAGUCUAAUUGUCUUGCCCAACAUCACACAAGUUGUCUGUUGCAGAACUGGGCGUUGACUCAGACCUGAAUCCCAGUCUUGUGCCUUAAACAUUUGAUUGUCGCCAAGGUGCAUAAUGGAGCCCUUAACCCUUUCAGAGCCACAGCCUUCCCCACAAAACAGCUUGCUCACACCACAAAAGAGGUACCAUGUGCUGGUGGGUGUUACUGGAAGUGUGGCUGCCCUGAAGUUGCCUAUUCUUGUCUCAGAAUUGCUGGAGAUUCCUGGGCUGAAAGUGCGUGUGGUAACAACCGAGAGGGCAAAACAUUUCUACAACCCCCAGGAGAUUCCUGUAACCCUCUACAGUGACACUGAGGAAUGGCAGCUGUGGAAAGGGCGUACGGACCCAGUCCUCCACAUCGACCUGAGGCGCUGGGCCGACCUGAUGCUAGUGGCUCCUCUUGAUGCAAAUACACUGGCAAAAAUAGCAAAUGGCAUCUGUGACAACUUACUGACCUGUGUUAUCCGUGCGUGGGAUAUGACUAAACCCCUGCUGUUCUGCCCUGCUAUGAACACAGCCAUGUGGGAGCAUCCUAUUACAGCUCAGCAGGUGGAGCAACUAAAGGACUUUGGCUACACAGAGAUCCCUUGUGUGGUGAAGAGGCUGGUGUGUGGGGAUGAAGGUCGAGGUGCCAUGGCAGAAGUAUGGACCAUUGUGGAGAAGGUGAAGGCGAUCCUUUCAGAGCGGGACUUGCUGACACAGAGCUGAUUCCUUGAUGAGAAGAGAAUACAUUGAAAGAGAGCACACAAGGCCUUGUAUUGACCUUUGCCCUUUUGUAUCCAUUGAUGUGUGGAGAUGCAGACGUCAAACAUAAACCAAAAUGAACUUUUGGCUCUGCCCGGCAGUAUGCUGCAGGUCUUAGAAUCAACACGUUUGGCCACUCUGGAAAGCCUGGGGCAGCUGUUCCCAAGAGACUUUAAUGCUCCUUUUGAAAUUGAAAAUUAACUGUGUGAUGUGAGAAAGUUGGGAAAUCCUGACCAUGGACACCAGCCGUUAGACCUGCGAGGGCCCCACAGUUCAUCCUCCUCCUUUGAAAUGCGAUCCUUCCACUGAAGGGGAUGGGAGUGGACUGGGGAGGGUGCAGCAGUCAGCAGACCACGAGGUUUGUUUACAGAUACUAGAGUUUUAUUUUUAACUAGUCACAAUCAAAUAUAAGGCCUUCUGUACAGAACCUACAUAUUAGGCAACCUUUGAGCUCCUUAGCAUGAAAGGUUAUCAUGGAGUGUUUAGUUUCCUUAUCGAUGCUACACAAAUAAAAAGGCUUCUGAACUUUC